UCAGAAGCGUCUCCUCUUCGCGGUGAACCUCAGUCUGUAUUUGCGUGUAAAAAAAAAAAAAAUCUUAUCAGAUCAGAUGAGGUCGGGAUUGGGAGACUUUGCGAUAAGUCUGGACUCUGUGCGGACUUGCACUUUGGUUCUGCAGGAUUGCAGACAUGCCUCUGCUGAUAAGACAUGUGCUUUCAGUUUAAAGCUCAGAGGACAAGUUCGGUUUUGGAAUAAGAAUUACUUUCUUCCUCGCGUUAUCUCAAUUUUUCCUCCCCUUCUUCUUCUUCUUCUUCUGUUCUUUUUUGCGAGAGAUUAGAUUGCAUGUUGACGCGAUGACGCCCGCCUUGUUUACUCCUCUGAGUCCUGUCUGUGUCACCUCUGGCGGCCCGCCGGCUGCAGCCGCGGCUCCGUGGAGCUCUGUGACAUGAAGGUGGUUUAGGAAGCCCUGCGUUUGAGCCACCAUGUGGGCGUGUUUCUCUCAGGCCCAGCAGUCUCUCCGCUCUUGUGUGGAGUUCAGAGCGAGGAAAACGCAUUUCUUCUGCUGCGACCGCAGAGCGCAAAAGGUGGGAGCUCUCCGACUCUGACGCGCGCACGCCAUCAUCUCCCACCCCGGGCUCCAGGCGCUUCACCAACAAGAGGGAGGUUUACAAAAAAAAAAAAAAAAAAAAAAAAGGGAAAAAAAAGGAAAAAAAAAAAAAGAAGAACUCAUCAUCAUCAUCAUCAUCUAGCCAUGGACGCAUCUCGGUUCGCUGCGGUACAUCUGGGCCUGGUCCUCGUUCUGUUUGGGAAUGUACCGUGUUUCCAGUCUGCUGCUAUCAUCUCCCCCUCUGCGCCGAGGAGGCACAGGGAAGCCAGGACCUCUCAUCCGCACGGACAAAGGUCACCCAGGCUCUUCAGAGACGUCGUCGCCUCCUCGCACCCGGCGGCGGGACGCCACAAAGACGGAGAGGUCCCAAAGGACGCCGUGGUCCCGCACGAGUACAUGCUCUCCAUAUACAGGACGUAUUCGGCGGCGGAGAAACUCGGACUAAACGCGAGCUUCUUCCGCUCCUCAAAGUCUGCCAACACCAUCACGAGUUUUGUGGACAAAGGAACAGACAAUCUUUUGCACUCUCCUCUGAGAAGACAGAAGUAUCUGUUUGAUGUCUCAACCCUGUCCGAGAAAGAGGAGCUGGUCGGAGCCGAAUUAAGGAUAUUUAGAAAAGCUUUGGGGGCCCCUCAGGCGGCGGGGCCCUUCCACCUCCAGCUCUACCCGUGCCGCUCCGACAAGCCGCUGGACUCCAGGUCUCUGGACGCCGCGGACUCCGCCGAGACCGGCGGCUGGGAGGUUCUGGACGUGUGGGACGCGUUCCAGACGCAGCGCCAGCACAGGAGCCAGCUCUGCUUCCAGCUCCGGGCCGCGCGCGGCAGGUCCGACGACGAGGUGGACCUGAGGCGGCUGGGCCUGGACAGGAGCGGCCGCGGGCAGCAGGAGAAGGCCAUCCUGGUGGCCUACACCCGCUCCAGGAAGAGGGAGAACCUGUUCAACGAGAUGAAGGAGAAGAUCAAGUCGCGGCGGUCGGCCGAGGAGAAGCCAGCGAGGGCAGAGGGGCCGGGCCAGGGCCCCCCGCGGCGGCGCCGGAGGACGGCGCCGAACAACCGGCACGGGAAGCGGCACGGGAAGAAGUCCAAGUACAGGUGCAGCAAGAAGGCUCUGCACGUGAACUUCAAGGAGCUGGGCUGGGACGACUGGAUCAUCGCCCCGCUGGGCUACGAGGCCUACCACUGCGAGGGCGUGUGCGACUUCCCGCUGCGCUCGCACCUGGAGCCCACCAACCACGCCAUCAUCCAGACCCUCAUGAACUCCAUGGACCCCAACAGCACCCCGCCCAGCUGCUGCGUGCCCACCAAGCUCAGCCCCAUCAGCAUCCUGUUCACGGACUCGGGCAACAACGUGGUGUACAAGCAGUACGAGGAGAUGGUGGUGGAGCAGUGCGGCUGCAGGUAGCGGCGUGUCGGCGUGAUAAGCAAGGCAACGGAGGAGGAAACGAAAAGACAGAUUUUUUGUUCAAACCGACGCGCUGACGGCUCCGCGGACGUGAACAGAUCAGCUCCUCACAGGGUCUGGAGCGUUUUAAUCCAAAUGACGGGAAGCUCUCACAGGAAGCCCCCCCCCCUCACCCACCCAACCCCCGUCCC